AAUCUGGUCACUUUUAAUAACGUUUUUAUAUAUCAGUCUUAAUUAACGACAAUUGCUGUUUUUAAUGGACCAUUGGUCGUAAUGUAAUGAAUAUGAUUUCAGAAUACAGACAACAUAAUCAACUGCGCAGAGUUUGGCCAGCUCAGACGGAGCAGGAGUGUAGUCGUAGCAAGGAUCCGUUCGUGCAUUUAAUAUGCGUAAUUCGAUCAAUUAUUGCUUGUUAAACUCGUCGGAUCCAUGGUGAAGAGAAGGAAAACAUCAGCUGCCACCGAAGACCAUGAAAAUGGGAUGACAGUGGGCUCGAGGGACGGCAUCGGUGUCCAUGGAGUGAAUAAUUCGUUCAGAAAGCAUGAAGGUUGUGACGAAGAGGAGAGCGGUGAUCAGGGGAGCGAGGAGCGUAGUACAAAGAGAGACGGAAUGGAAAUACUUGAUCCAUCAACUACGGGCAGCACCAGUUUAGCACUGGUGCUUCCGACCCCUGUACCAAACCAGUCAGGAUCUGGUUUAACCCAACGUCCCCAGACAUCGUCAGUACCAUUUCUUCAAAACCACGAUCAACAUCAUUUUCUGAGAUCCAGUGUUCGACCUCCGAGCAAACGGAUCCGUAAAGAUUCCAUCGCCACAACUAUCAAUGGUCACGGCCAUUCGAAAUUGAAAGGGUCUGAGAAUGGGCCCUCUGCUCAGGUGGCUAGCGGGCAGCCUGGCCCAGUGUCCGGGCCAGGGGGGGCCAAGGCAGCCUCCAGGAGCCAGGGCCCUAGCGACAAGGAGGAGCUGGGGGGCAUUCAGAAGAGGGCUCGUCGGCAGUGGGAGUCCUGGAGCGCAGACGAUAAAAACAGCUUCUUUGAGGGUCUCUAUGAGCAUGGGAAGGAUUUUGAAGCCAUCCAGACCAACAUAGCGCUGAAGUAUAGGAAGAAGGGAAAGCCAGCCAGCAUGGUUAAGAACAAGGAGCAGGUCCGCCAUUUCUACUACCGCACCUGGCACAAGAUCUCCAAGCACAUCGACUUCGCCAACGUGUACUCCCGCGUGCUCAAGAGGUCCUCUCAGGAGCUGUACGGGCUCAUCUGCUAUGCUGAGCUCAGGAAGAAGGUUGGAGGAUUAAUGGACGACAAGAAUGUAGCAAAGCUGAAUGAACUCAUCCAACAGGGGGCCACUACGGUGCGUUCCAAAGGCAGGAACCUGAGGAUCAAAGCGCCCAUGUGUCGAGCCAUCAAGAGACUCUGCGACCCAGACGGUGUGAGUGAUGAGGAGGACCAGAAGCCCGUGCGACUGCCCUUAAAGGUGGCGCUGGAGCUGCAGCCACGAACCAACCAUUCCUGGGCUCGUGUCCAGAGCCUGGCCCACAACCCCCGCCUCAGGAUGGUGGUUGAGCUUCACAGGAAGGUCUCCAGCCUCAUCGAGUUCCUGAAACAGAAGUGGGCGGUCCAGGACCAACGCAUCCUGAAGAGUUUGCAGGAGAGUGAAGCCCUUGGCUCCCAGCAGGCCCUCCCCGCUCCGUGUAAGCCUGAGAUGGAGGAGCUGUUCCUCUACCCGGCACAGACCAGCCCCCUGGCCACCCUGCCGGGCGUGGCACGUGUCGUGCACUCCAAAGCUUCCUGCACCGUGCACUGGCAGGAGAGCGGCAGGUGUCGCCCUGGUGCCAAGGAGCUGCCGGGGGUGCAGAUCCUGGGGAUCCAUGGUGCGGCGGUCCUCAGGGGGCCUGCCAGGACGGCCAGGGGAGCUGCUGCAGUGGCCCCAGCCCCCCAGCCAGCAGACGUACCACCCGCUCCGGGGCCGGAGGAGAAGAGCACAGGACCCCCGCCUGCUCCACCUCCCACAACACAGAGACCGCUUGCUAGAAGACAUGAGGCCGGCGGGGGGAGUGGGGACCGGGGGAGGGGCUUCUCAGAGGGCAGGGAAGGGUGCGGGGAGCCAGUCGCCAAGGAGGGUGAGAGGGAUUUGAACAUGCAGGGGAGCUCAGCGGACAAAUGCGGAGAGGAGUGCCUGGCAGGGGUCAGCACGACCUCUCCAGGGAUCAGCACAACCUCCCCAGGGGUCAGCACGACCUCUCCAGGGGUCAGCACGACCUCCCCAGGGGUCAGCACGACCUCUCCAGGGGUCAGCACGACCUCUCCAGGGGUCAGCACGACCUCCCCAGGGGUCAGCACGACCUCUCCAGGGGUCAGCACGACCUCUCCAGAGUCACACCUUGCUUCAGAGGAGCCGGUGCUGGAGCCAGGAAGCACAGUGCACCCUGGGAAGGAGGAGUCUGGGGAGGCCCCCUCAGCCCCUGGGGGGAGGUCAGCACAGCAGACCCCUGGGGGGGGGAGGUCAGCACAGCAGAUCCGGGAGGAGGGCUGGAGUGCCGGUGGCUCUGUGACGCUAGCGGAGCUGUACCUCAUGUUGGGCAAGCCAGGGAAACUGCAGCUGGAGUACGAGUGGCAGCCGGCCGUGCCCAGCGCGGGGCAGGACACGGGUCAGCCCUCGAGCCUGCACCCUGCCCCCCCGGCCAGCACACACCGCGUCCUGCACUGCCUGCUCAGGCUGGUAGCCUCCCAGAUCAACCCCAAGCCAGCUCCAGAGCUGUGCUCCACCGCCACAUCCCCCCUCAAGCCCCCCCAGGAGGAACAGCCCCCCGCCCCCCCAGGGAGGAGCCCUGCGGGGGGGGGCCGCAGCCCCAACUGCAGCCGCCAGCAGGCUUCCUUGCGGGGGGCAAAGGUGUUCCUGCCCAGUGCUGGAACAUCAGGUGUGCGGAACCUGCCCAGGUCUCUGCUGGUGUCGGGCGGUGAUGCUGAAGGGGGAGUCUUUGCUGUGCCGACCACGCUGCCCCCCAACAGCUCCCGCCACUCUCGCAUGUUCUCCCCAAACAAGGAGGCAGAGCUGGCCUUCCGGCAGCAGCUAGACUCCAUCAGCUCAGACAUUUUCCUGUCAAAGCAGAGGAAGUUCCGGAGCCGACAGCUUCGGAAGCCCCUCGUUGUGCAGCGGACUCUGCUGCCACGCACCACAGGAGACGCCCCUCAGCAUGUGUGCUCCUUCUCCAUCCUCUCCAACUCAGCUGCCACAGGAACUGGCUCCUUCCGGCCGAUCCAAACCCGGCUGCCCACGUGCUCCCGCCCCCCCCUCACCAAGUCUUCGAUUAUGUCUGGUCCUGUGACUUCCUCGAAGCUUUCCAGUGCAAUAGGUCUGGCUGCCAAGUCAGCAGGCAUCAUCCCAGGCAGUCCCUGCAGAGAGCUGGAGGCUGGGGGGCCCUGCAGAGAGCUGGAGGCUGGGGGGCCCUGCAGAGAGCUGGAGGCUGGGGGCCCCUGCAGAGAGCUGGGGGCUGGGGGCCCCUGCAGAGAGCUGGGGGCUGGGGGCCCCUGCAGAGAGCUGGGGGCUGGGGGCCCCUGCAGCCUCCUGGACCCAGAGCCAGCAGCUCAUGCUGGGCCACAAACACAGUUUCUACAGGAGGGCGGAACUGGGUCAAGCACCAGGUCCCCUGGGAGUCACCUUCCUCCCCACAUCACUGAGCAGCUAAACACGGCUUCCCAUCAUGCAUCUCUCCAGACCGGCCCGUCUCCUGGAGGUCAGUGCGGAGGAGACUCUCUCCUCUCCCCGCCCAGUGUUGCCUCUCUCCUGGACAUCUCCCUCCCAGGCCCCCCUGAAGAGGCCCUGGCCCCCGGAGAGACCCAGACACACAUCAGUGACUCCAUCAUCGAGCUGGCCAUCAACUCAGCCCACUAUGGUGACGAGGCCUCGCUCUGCCCAGCCAAGCUGAACGGCAGUGAGGGCUCCAAGCUGCUGCCCUCCUCCCCCUCUGUCAGUCCCUCCAGGGGCUGGAGUCCUUCACCCUGCCAUGACCCCCAGUGGUACCCCAACGACUCAACAGAUUCCUCUCUGGGCUGCCUCCUGUCGAGCCUGGUGUCUCCUGAUAAGGGCAGGCGGACGCUGGCACGCUCCGGGCCCUCCAGCGGUACAGCUCUCCUGGGCCCCAGCCUUCUGGACUGCAACUCCCAUGAUUCCUUCCAGUCCCGCGGGCUGCCAGACGUUGCAGAGGUGGACACACAGCUGGCCUGUAUGAUGAGCGAGAGCAGCGUGGAUUACAUCGCUCGAUUCAACGACCUGGCGCAGGAACUGUCUGUCACAGAGUCGCCCCUUCCACCUCCGGGGGUUUGACUGGAACGGCGUUAUUGUCUUCUCACUGAAUCACUCCAAUAAAAUGAUGGUCUGAUCGCCACCCUAUUGGUGGCAGAAAGAUGAACCCCUAACCCACACCUAGUACACGUGAUGAAAGUGCAAUAAUACCUGCUCUAACCCACACCUAGUACCUGCUCUGUCUAGGGGAGUGUGGAUAACCUGCUCUAUAGAGGGGAGUGUCUUUGGACUGGUCCCAGCAAUUUCUGGUUGGUUUUACUUAGUUUUCCCUUGAUGCUUUGCAGCUGUUAUGCCCACUGAAUGAGCCUUAAAAACACUAAGUGAGUAUGUUUACAAAACAACCUCAUAAAGAAAGAGAACUCCAUGCCACAUCCUGACAGGGUCUGUCUCUGUCUCUCCUGGGCACUCCUUCACUCUUGAAAAGUGUAAAUAUAAUGCAACUCCAAAAUGAAGCCAAAUCAGGAGAGGGCUCUCUUGGUCCUGCCGCAGAUGGAAGUGUGAGGAGUAAGUGCUGCUUUGGUGGUCAGGGUCAUCCAGCAUGUUUACCUAAUGGAGGAUUUCUUGGUUUUGUAGUUACCAUGUGACACAAGAUGUCAAUGUACAAGAAUAGGCUAUGGGUUAGUGUGCUGACAAAGGCUGGGCAUUGACACCUGCAGCAGUGAGGCCCUGACACCUGCAGCAGUGAGGCCCUGACACCUGCAGCAGUGAGGCCCUGACACCUGCAGUAGUGAGGCCCUGACACCUGCAGUAGUGAGGCCCUGACACCUGCAGUAGUGAGGCCCUGACACCUGCAGCAGUGAGGCCCUGACACCUGCAGCAGUGAGGCCCUGACACCUGCAGCAGUGAGGCCCUGACACCUGCAGUAGUGAGGCCCUGACACCUGCAGCAGUGAGGCCCUGACACCUGCAGUAGUGAUGCCCUGACACCUGCAGCAGUGAGGCCCUGACACCUGCAGUAGUGAGGCCCUGACACCUGCAGCAGUGAGGCCCUGACACCUGCAGCAGUGAGGCCCUGACACCUGCAGCAGUGAGGCCCCGAGUCUGGGUUUAUGUAGGAUAGAGGGAUGUAAUUGGAAGAAAGUUGUAAUAUGAUAUUAGAAAGACUCAAAUUCUGAUGAAAACAGCAUAGAUAUGACUAAUCUUAUACUUAAGUUGGCCAUCUCCAUAUUGGAGAACUCUCCGACGCAUGGAGUGCAGCUGCAAUUAUUUCAUUGGGUCUUUUAGUAUUUUAUUUACAAUAGUUUUUUGUCUGUGCAAGGGGGCAUUGUCUCUGGUAGAAGUCUUGACCUCAUUCCUUCAAAGUCUUCAUAUGUUGAGUUGCUCCUUUCUAACAGUUGACUGGUCAUCUGUUUAUUGAAAGUCAAAUCUCUGGAGCCUUGAGGAUGUUAUUGAGGAUGUUAUUGAGGAUGUUAUUGAAGCAUGAGGGCCAGGUGUUGGUAUGAGAUGGAUGUGAUUCAACCUACAAGGAGGCCUGUGGUGAUUCUCUCUCAGUAUAUAUGAGGGAUGGAUCUUUAAUAAUUAAAUGUGACUCAAAAUACAUUGUUAAAUGUACUUCUGAAGUUACAGAUGACUAUGCUACACAGGAAUGUCCUAGGAGGUCUCAUUUCACUGGAUCUUCUACUGUAACUUGUACUCACAUUACAGAACCUUGGGUAUUGUGUGGUUCCCCAUGACCAUAUACAAACUUUAAUAUGAAAAAUGAGUGAAUCCUCAAGACAGGUUCAAGUGAAACAUUGUUGAACACUUGGAUGCAGUAGGCGUUGUCAUAGGAACAAGGCUUCCGCUCUUUAUAUCAGUAUUCUGCUGUUUUGUAAAAUACUGUAGUUAUUGUUAUUGGGUGUAUUUAUUGUCAUGGACAAGGUGGUUAUGUCAAACUUAAUCUAAAACCGAAAAAACUGCUGUUUUAAGAUUUGUUACAAUUUGUAAGGUGUUUUUACUCAGCUGUAUAAAUGGUGUUGAAAA